AUGCCGAAAGUACUUCUCACAGGUGGAUCAGGCUUCAUUGCCACUCACAUCCUCCAACUGCUUUUGAGCCGAGGCCACGAGGUCGUGACGACGGUCCGAAGCGAGGAAAAGGCGAAGAUUAUCCGCGAUGCACACCCAGGUGCAAAGUUGACCACCGUCAUUGUUCCCGAUAUCUCUCUGCCGGGUGCCUUCGAUGAGGUAAUGCAGACCCCAGGCCUCGAGUACGUGCAACACACGGCAUCGCCCUUCCACUUCAAGAUCACGGACCCCAAGGAGUUGCUAGACCCUGCUAUCAAGGGUACGACAUCGGUUCUCGAGGCGAUCAAGAAGUAUGCGCCGACCGUCAAGCGUGUCGUCAUUACCAGCUCGUUCGCCGCCAUCCUGGAUGCGUCGAAGCUUGGAGACGGCGCGAAGGUAUGGAGUGAGGCUGACUGGAACCCAAUGACCUACGAAGAUGGUAUCAAUGGAAAUCCGGGCCAAACGUACCGCGCUUCUAAGACGUUGGCCGAGAAGGCCGCCUGGGAGUUCGUGGAGAAGGAGAAGCCCAACUUCGACCUCGUCACCAUCAACCCUCCCUUUGUCUUCGGACCUGUCGUGCACCACCUCGCCUCGCUAGCCGACAUUAACACAAGCAACGGCAACAUGGUGGCGCUGAUAGCAGGCCGAUGGAAGGCCGAAAUCCCGCCCACCGGCGUGUACCUCUGGGUGGACGUGCGUGACGUCGCCAAGGCCCACGUCGAGGCCCAGGACCGCCCCGAGGCCGGCGGCAACCGCUUCUUCACAACGGCAGGCCUGUUCACCAACAAGGAGAUCGUGCCGAUCGUCCGGAAGAACUUCCCGCAACUCGCGGACAGGCUGCCCGAGGACGGCACCCAGGGCGGCGACUACCCCGGCGGCAGCAAGGACAAUAUCUACAAGUACGACAACUCCAAGACUACGAAGAUGCUGGGAAUCGAAUGGGCUACGCUCGAGAAGUCCGUUACAGACACCAUUGGCAGCCUCCUUACUGUCGGUGCUAAAUAG